AUGGAUACCAUCUCAUAUCUUCCAUCCCCACCACUCUCUGAUACUACCGCAUACAUGAACGAAGACCAAGACCAAGACCAAGAAAACACUUUCGAAAAGAAUACUAUAACUACCACACCGUCUAGCCCCCCAAAAGACACCAUCACCGAACUUAAACUCGACCUAGCUGCAACUCCAUCUAAAAAACGCGGCCGCCCAAAGGCAACCGACAAAGUCCCCUCCCAAAAGAAACCGAAGCCAGAUACCAAAGAAAAGAAACAAAAACAAGACAACAAUAAUACUACACCGAAACCAAAACGAGGUCGUCAACCCGGCUCUACUGCAUCAGAAACUUCAUUCACUCAAGAACAAGAUGCAUACAUUCGAGAACUUUACACGUCCUCUGAGAAGUUCAGCAAUAAGGAUAUUCACGCUAAAUUUGAAGAAAAGUUUAGUACGGGAAAGUCAAGUAAUGUGAUUCGAUUUCGGUGGUAUAAGUUGAAGGAAGGUGCUAUUGUUUUGAGUUCUCAGGAGGAAGCGGCAUUAAAGAAAGCUAUUGAGACUAUCGAAACGAAUAAAGCACAGGCUGUGUUGAAUGAGUAUGGGAAUAGCGGAGACUUUACAAAGUUAAGUCAAGGAUUUGUCAUCAAGAAGAUGAAGGAGUGGGCAGCGGGUGGUGGUACUACUACUACUCAGGCGAAAGAAGAAACUGGAGAUGGAGAGGACGAGGAAGAGAAAUAA